AUGAGGAGACCAACCCAAGCGCAUCUCGCCGGCACUGCCGCGCUCUUCCUACUGACGGCCGCCAUCUCCGGGACGACGGUUGCCGUGGUGACCUCCGAGGCCGACGCCCUUCUAGCAUGGAAGGCCAGUCUCGUCGACGCGUCCGCGCUAUCUAACUGGACCCGGGGCACGCCGGUCUGUGAUUGGGUAGGCGUGUCCUGCAACAUCAAUGGCCUGAUCAGGGAGCUAAAUCUCCCGGGACUCGGUCUCUCGGGCGAGCUCGACACGCUUGACACCGCGGCGCUUCCGGAUCUUGCCGCUCUGGUCCUUUCGAGGAACAACCUCGGAGGCCCCAUCCCCGCCGGCAUAUUGCGGCUGCGCUCCCUCGAACUACUCGACCUCAGCGGCAACAGGUUCAACGACUCCAUCCCACCGCAACUUGGUGACAUGCCCAGCCUCGCCUCCCUCUAUCUCUACAACAACAACCUUGUUGGUAAGAUCUCGCGCCAGCUCUGCAACCUUCUCUCCGUCCGGUCGCUGGACAUGUCCAACAACCGACUCGCCGGGGAGCUCCCGAACUGCUGGUGCAACCUCCAGUCUCUGCGGUACAUGCGCCUGUCGAACAAUCGGCUCACCGGGGAGCUCCCCGACUGUUGGUGGAACCUACAGGCUCUGGAGUACAUGUUCCUUUCCAACAACUACUUCUCAGGUGAAAUCCCGACCGCUAAGGCAAGCCACAACUGCUCCCUCACGACACUAUCUCUUGCCAGAAAUGCCUUUGCUGGAGCGCUGCCACUCCUAGAGGGUUGCGACAAGCUCGCUCUGAUGUUCAUGGACCUAUCGAACAACCGUCUCACAGGUAAGCUACCGGACUGCUGGUGGAGCCUGGAGGCUCUAUUUUUCAUGGAUCUAUCCAACAACUCCUUCUCAAGUAAAAUUCCCGCAGCUGUGGGAAGCCACAACUGCUCUCUUAAGUCUCUUUACCUUGCCGGAAAUGGCUUCAUUGGUACCUUCCCGCCGGUUCUAGAGGGCUGCAACUCGUUGGACACCCUGGACAUGGGGAAUAACAAGUUCUUUGGUGUUGUCCCUCCAUGGAUCGGGAGUCAGAUCCCAUUGUUGAGAAUCCUUAGCCUCAAAUCAAACAAUUUCACUGGAGAAAUUCCUCUAGAGUUAUCACGCCUUUCACAACUUCAGCUGCUCGACAUGGCAAACAAUAGCUUGACCGGCUCGAUUCCGGUAACCUUCGGCAGCUUGACCUCCAUGAAGCAUCCACAAAAUCUAUCGACUACGGAACUGCCCAACGAGUGGAAAUACUAUGAUAGAAUCAACAUAAUCUGGAAGGGCCAUGAGCAGAAAUUUGGAAAAGAGAUCCAGUUAUUAACCGGUAUUGAUUUGUCGGGCAAUUUGUUGUCUCGGUGCAUUCCCGAAGAGCUAACCAACCUUCAGGGCAUCCAAUUUCUAAAUCUGUCGAGAAACCAUCUAUCAUGUAGCAUUCCUGAAAAUAUUGGUAGUUUGACUUUUCUCGAGUCCCUUGAUCUAUCAUCCAAUGAACUUACAGGAGCCAUUCCACCUAGCAUCUCGAGCUUAUCAUGGCUCACCACGUUGAAUGUGUCGAACAAUCUUUUGUCGGGCAAGAUACCCACCGGGAAUCAGCUUCAGACCUUGACUGACCCAUCAAUUUACUCCAACAAUUCUGGGCUCUGUGGAUUUCCUCUAAACAUUUCGUGUGCCAAUACUUCGCUUGCACCGGUUGAGAGAAAUGGUGAAGAGGAGGACCACUGGAUGUACUACUGUGUGAUUGCUGGGAUUGUGUCUGGUCUUUGGUUGUGGUUUGGGAUGCUCUUUACAGUUAAAUCAUGGAGAUGUUGUUUUCUUUCCUUUGUUGAUGGCAUGCAUGUAAAAUUAUGAAAAGUUGAGACAUUAGCUGUGUUAUCUGCAAAGCUGUACCUCCUUCAUUUUUUUGGUGAAUUUACAAUGUUAUACAAGUUAAUACCAUCGAAUCCCUUGGUAAAUUUGGUCACAAUGCA